CAAUAUUGUAUUACUAGUACUGCGUCGAGAGCCAAGAGAAUCUCUCUAUGUCUCUCUUUCUGUGGUCUGGUCUAGGACUAUAGUGACUGGUCUACAAUGAAAUCUCACGUGUAGCACUUUGUAGAUUUUUGUUGGUAUGAUAAAAUUCUUAUAUAAAAGGUUCCUGGGCAUUUUGGCUUUCUUAUGGAAAUAAAAAGGGGGAGUUUGUUUAGUCUCUUUGGGCUUCAUGUAUAAGUUCCUAAUUCCAGUUUUGAAUUUGGGUUUUUCUUUUGGAGAACAGAAAAAAUAAAAGAUCAUUUCUUUCUCAAUUUUCUUACAGGAAUCUACAACGUAUUCCUGACUCUACAACCCCUAUACCUCUUCCCUUGCCUAACCCCCCUCUCUCUCUAUACACAUCUCUGAGAAAGAAACAGAGAAAAUAGACCACACGAUCUAAGAGAAGCAGAGAGAGAGAGAGAGAGAGCUUCUUGAGUUUUAAUAAUGGCAUUAGAAACUGUGGUCUAUCAGAAUCCGAAAGACCCAUUAAUUAGUUAUGGUUGCAGCAAGGAUUUCUAUUCCUUGGGAGGAUCAGAAGGAGGAGGAGGAGGAGGAGGAGGUUCUUGGGAUUAUGAUAUUUGCUUGCAAGAAGAAGAUAAAGCUCUUCUUCUUGGAAUUCUCGAUGACAAUCAUGAUAUAGAUCAUCACCAAUCUGGUCAUUUACAUGCAAAUUAUUACUGGGAUUCUUCUUCAUCACCUCCUUCUGCAUUGCAAACUGUGAAAGAUCAUCAUCAAUGUGAUAUUCCUAAUUCCACUUCCUCACCUGAAGCCUGCUGCUCUGUCGAUCAACCUCUUCCACCAGCAUUCCAGCUUCCUCCUAUGGAAACUCCGCCCCUGCCCGGCACCACCACCACUGCUAGCUGUCGGAGAAAACGACGUCGCACCAGAACCAGCAAGAACAAGGAAGAGAUCGAGAACCAGAGGAUGACCCACAUUGUUGUCGAGCGCAACCGUCGCAAACAAAUGAACGAGUACCUUGCCAUCCUCCGCUCUUUGAUGCCAUCAUCCUAUGUUCAAAGGGGUGAUCAAGCAUCAAUUAUUGGAGGAGCCAUUAAUUUUGUGAAGGAGCUAGAGCAGUUCUUGCAGUCCAUGGAGGGUAACAAGAACAAGACGACAAAGCAACAAGACAAGAGCUUCGCUACGACGUCGUCGCCUUUGGCGGAGUUCUUCACCUUCCCACAGUACUCGACACGUGCAACGCAGAGCGGAAACUCAGUAGCAGUAGUAGGGGCCCCAGAAGAAAAUGAAACCACUAACAUAGCCGCUAAUCAGAACCAGAGGUGGGCAGCAGUGGCAGACAUAGAAGUGACCAUGAUGGACUGCCAUGCCAACCUUAAAAUAUUAUCAAAGAAAAGACCAAGACAGCUCUUGAAGAUGGUGACUGGCUUUCAAGCUCUUCGUCUCACCAUUCUUCAUCUCAAUCUAACCACCGUUGAUCAUAUGGUGCUCUACACUGUUAGCGUCAAGAUUGAAGAAGGUUGCCAACUGAGUACGGUGGAUGAAAUUGCAGCAGCUGUUAAUCAAAUGCUUCGCAAAAUCCAAGAAGAAGCUGCUUUCAGCUGAAAGAUGGGGGGGGGGGGGGGGGGUGUAAUUUGCCUCUUAGAUCAAUGGUACUGGAUACCAAUUUUACCUGGUUUCUUUUGCUUUUGUUUUUAAUUUUUGUUUUUUGUUUUUUUUGAAGAAUAUUGUGUACAAUUUUUUUUCUUUUUUUACCCUCCCGGUUAAUUCAGUACUGUAAGUUAUCUAUUGGGCAAGGAGUAAUCAAAUUCUCAACAGUAAAAAGCUGAGUAACUAA